GUGGUGGCGCUUAAAGAUCAUCUGUGGUCUUGGUUGACAUCAUCGUCACGUCGAGUCGUCGAUCAGCUGAGAUGCGGGAAAGCACGUGCUGAUCGAUGUUAUAAAAAUGGGCGCACACGUGGAAGUUUCACUCAGUGUGAAGUUGCCUCCUUGGAUGAAGCGUUCGUGUCGAAGGUAUAAUUUCAUUUCGUUUGCAGAGAAUAUGUGUGCCACUAGGGUUUGGUAUAUUUUGAUCGCAGUAGGAACUGCUAUCGUGACAACCGUUCCUGCCGCAUCUGAUGGGUUUGGUCCUGGCAAGCAAAGCUGGGGCUACAGUGAAGUGCGUCCCAGGGCGUUCAUUUUCUGGUGGCUGUACCAAGCACACUCUCAACCCGAUGCUUCCGAGCACUACACGGAGAAGCCCCUCAUAAUAUGGCUUCAGGGAGGUCCCGGUGCGUCGUCUAGUGGGUUUGGUAACUUUGAAGAGAUUGGUCCACUGGACAGGAUGCUUAAGGCGCGUGAGAAUUCUUGGGUGAAGGACUACAAUGUCCUGUUCGUGGAUAGCCCUGUCGGAAGUGGGUUCAGCUACGUGGAGGACCAUUCCCUCCUAGCUCGCAACAGUACGACGGUGGUGAGUGAUUUACUUGAAUUUCUAAAGCAUUUCUACCACACCAUCAGCGUCGCCACGGCAAUCGACUGGGAGGGUAAGGUCCCACUGUACAUCGCUUCCGAAAGCUAUGGUGGACGAAUUGCGGUAGAAUUGGCGUACGCACUAGCACAGCAAAUCCAGGCCGAAGUGAUGCACUGUAAGCUGGCCGGUCUGUUCCUGGGUAGCGCUUGGCUAUCGCCCAUGGAUAGUAUUGCUGCAUGGCCAAAGUUUUUACUCAGUCUUGGAUAUUUGGACCAAGCUGGACGCGCACGUAUCGAACGGAGGGUGACUGCGUUGAGUGAAAAUCGGACACAAAAACGACCCGAUAUGGUAAUGGAUGGAUGGCACGGACUACAGCAGGCUAUCACCGAGGAGACGGGAGGCAUUAAUUGUUACAAUGUGCUGAAGCCUACCGGAAAGGAUGUCCGCCAGCCGGAAUUCGAAAGUGAUGAAGUGCUGGAGUAUGGAGAAACGCUCUGGUGGUACAGUGACACCGGUCCGCCGCAAGCCGUCGUGCAUCACAGUUCCCUGGAGUGGUUGAUGCGUGGACCCGUCGCACACACGCUUGGCAUCGCGGACAAACCACGCUGGGGAAGUCAACGGACGGCCGUAUUCGAUGCGCUUAGCGAUGAUUUUCUUCAACCGAGCAUCGGGACGGUCGAACGAUUGCUGAACGAAACCACCAUCGAGAUGGUACUGUUUAGUGGCCAAUUGGAUUUGAUUACCUGUCUGCCCGGAACACUCGCGUGGAUGAAUCGAUUGUUUCAACCGGGCACGGAAUUCAGCCCACGUCAGGCGGCUUUUACGGAGGCUGGUGGACUGAAUGGCGUUAUCGAAGGGUACCGUACUGCGUAUAACAAGCGCUUCACACACUACUCGGUGCUCCGUGCCGGACACAUGGUACCGGCCGAUAAUCCGUCCGCCAUGGCACACAUCCUGCAGCAGCACAUCGGGCGCUACUAGACGGUUAAUCGUUCGACUUCGGAUGUAAGAAGCGACCGGUAGACAGGCAGGCCAAAAUAGAGACCCGGAUUUACCCGUUAACGUUUAUCUCCAAAGUGGCGCACAAAACGGGCAAACGUAUACGUAUUUAUUUAAGAAACUCCUAAGAACGAAAAUAGUA